GACGCGUGCUUGCAGCAGAGAGACGAUGGAGGUUGAUGGAGUGGCCGAGGUGGUGGUGACGGAGAGCCAGAGGGUCUGGCGAGAAGUGAGAGCAUGCCUUCAAAACGAGGACUUUGACAAGGCUGUACAGCUUUGCAACACAGUCCGGUCGAAGAGCCCUGACGACAUAGACGCCAUCCGCGUCAAGUGCCUGUGCCUGAUCCACCAAGACAAGUACGACAAGGCCUUGCAGUCCGCGUCCGGCAAGCACAAGGCGGUGCUGUCGCCCGAGCGCGCGUACUGCCUCUUCCGCCUUGGCCGGCUCGAGGAGGCUCUGGAGGUGUCCAGGGCGGGGGAGAGCGGCGUCAGCGGCGGCGGUGACAGCAAGAGGGCGCGAGCUCUCCGGCAUCUGGAGGCCCAGGCUUUGUACCGCCUGGGCCGGCACGGCGAAGCCGCUGAAGUGUAUUGCUCCAUCGCCGAGGACGAAGAGAGGAGGACCGGGGGCGGGGGGUUUCCCCCCGUAUCGGUUAACGUGGCGGCGGCGUACGCGGGGGCGGGAUGCGGGGAGAAGGCGCUGGGGGCGUUGUCUGUGGAGGAGGCGAUGGAGGAGGAAGGCGCCCCGUGGGAGCUCUUGUACAACCUCGGGACCGCGCUGGUGCAGCGACGGGGGGGUGCAGGGGACGAUACGGCGGCUGCGGAGAGCUGUCUCCAACAGGCGGAGGAGGCUUGCCGAGAGUCUUUGGUAGCCUUGGGACACAGCGACGCCGAGGCUGCUGACGAGGCAUCGAUGGUGAGGUCUCAGCUAGCCUACGCCGCCAGCAGGGCGGGGAAGACGGCGGCCGCUGCCGAACAGCUCAAUCAGGUCGUGCGAUCCAGGCCGAGCGAUCCCGCCGUUUCGCUGGUGUCGACCGCUAAUCUCGCCGCAUUGGGUGGCUACAAGGACCAGCAAGAGGCGCUCAAGAGGUUGAAGGCUGCGAUGUCGGAAAAGUCCGAAAAGGGUCUCCUAAGCAAACAGCUGGAGGCGUGCAGGUUCAACAAGUGUCUGCUGCUGCUGCAGUGCGGCAAGACGGAGGAAUGCCGCGAUGAGCUGGAGGCUGUCAGGUCCGCUUACCCCAACAGCGACCUGGGGCCUCGCAUCGAGGCUGCGCUUCUGAGCAAGCGAGGAAAAGGAGGCGAAGCCUCGAGCGUGUUGAAAGCCCACCUCGCAAAAGCGAAGCCCGGGUCGAAAGAGGAGGUGUCUCUCAAGCUCUGCGUUGCCCAGCUGUACGCCACGGAGAACGACUUGACCCUUGCUGCAGAGACCCUGGAAGGAGUGGGGGGAGCCGUGAGUGGAACUCCAGCGGCGGCGUCGGCGCUCGCCGGGCUGUACUUGGGGAUGGGGGACACGGAGAAGGCGGCCGCUGUAGUAGUGCGGGCUGCCGAGGCGGCUAGCCGAGGGGACCAUGACCUCGAGGGGGACGAGCAGGCGAGGGCCUUGCUUGGCAUGGCGGACUGGCUGCACGACCAGGGGUUCCACCGCCAAGCCGCAGACACGUACCAGAAGCUGCUGCGGCUGGGAGCAGAGCUUGACGGAGAUCUAAGGAUACAAGCUCAGGCCUCCUUGGUGAUCGCAUAUUCGUACUUCGACAGCGGCAAGUCGGAGGAGGAGGCCAGCAAGCUGCCCUACAACGCUGACUUUGGUUCGAUAGAGGGCUUAGACCCGCUUGCAUUGGAGAUGACCGAGCUGCCCCGCUCCAGCAAGGCCCGGAAGCUUGUGCUUGUGGACAAGGCGUCGCAGAAGGCCGAGCGGCGACAGAACAAGCGGGACCCGGAGGCUAUCCUCAAAAAGAGGGCCAAGAAGCGUGCCAAGUACAUCGCCAAGCUCGUGGAGGACGGCAAGAUCGAUCCCACCAAGCCGGUUCCCAAGCCCGAUCCCGAGAGAUGGAUUCCGCGAUCACACCGGGCCUACGGCAAGCGAGGACGAAAGCGCAAUAAGUUUGUCGGAGCACAGGGGUCCGGGGAUGGCGCCGCGAAGGACACCGCGAAGCUCGACGCUCUCGCCAGAGCUCAGGCGAAGCAAGCGGCGAGUGAAAAGGCGGCCGUUCUUCCACCUGGAGUCGCGAUCGGAAAGAGGGGAGGCAAGAGGCGUUGAUGCGGGGGGCGGGGGGGGAGGGGGGCGCCGGUUUUGGACUCGUGGCUUGCCGCAUGCCUCCUGCUUUGCGCAACGCGGUGCAGUCGCGUUCCUGCUGUGCGUCGAAACGUUCCGACGCCUUUCGAAAGCUUUCUCGACAGUGCUGGACAUUUGCUAAAUGCUGCAGCGCUCACCUUCACGACCCUUUUGACACGGUUGACCGCUGCUGCGGCGGGACGGUACGCCUACUAAGAUGGUGGUCAAGGUCGAUGGUUGCCUUGCGCUGAGACGCAGCAGGAGGAGAUGGGAGUAACCGUCCUGGUUGGAUCUGGUAUCCAGGGAGAAUUCUAGUAAGACUGUGGUGAAACCAUUCGCGAAACUAUUUCUUUUGUCGUGGUGUGGUUGGUGUGCACGGGGUGCAUCGGGGCCAACAGCGCUAUAUUCCGAAACGUUUCGGGAGGUUUUGGGGUCACUUGUUGUGUUCUGCUGUUGGUGGCACUAUGGAGAAGGGUGUAAGCCAUGCCCUCUACAGUC